AUCAUAAUGUUUUCUGUACAGUAUGCAUGAUGUGAUCCGAUUCCGGGUCAGCUCGGCCCUGAAACGUACUCGGCCCCCGAGUCAAAUCGGCCAUAUACCAACUCGGCACGGGUCAACUCGGCCCACUUUUCAAUUAUUUAUAUUUAGGUUUGUGUAAUCACUAUUUUUUGUAAUAUUUGUAAUUAUGUAUAAUACACGGACUUAAUUUUCAGCUUUUGACAAUUACAAACAAAUUAAAUGAAAUUGGUUAAAGACAUUAAAGGGACUCUUAUUGUCACAGGCUAUUAUUAUCAAUCAGCGUGUUCGUAAGGAUACCGAUUAAUUAGGUGAUAAUUAUGAUUGACGCAUGCAUUUAAAAUUGAUUAGUGACCACCUGCAAUUAAUUAGAAGCUUAAUUAUGAUAUUAAGUAAACAUGUUUUUGUUUCAUUUUUUUUUUAAUAUUACUACGUUAAAUAUAUUUUUUUUAAAGUGGGCCGAGUUGACCCGUGCCGAGUUGACCCGUGCCGAGUUGGUAUAGGGCCGAGUUGACUCUUUUCCAUGUGAUCCAGUGGUAGAACAAGCGGUGUUUGUCCUUUAACAAAGCACUUUAUCUGCAUUUUAUUGCUGCCGAUGAAGCUGUGACUGGUUCCUGGCAAAUUGCAUGGAAAAAAGUUUUAAAAGGUCUUCAGUGUAGAUCUACCUGUUUUUUUGUGUGUAUAUACUGAUCGAUAUUUAAAGCCACAACCAGAUUGAUGCAGAUGCCAUUCUCAGCAUGAAUGACCAGCAAUUGAAAAACUACAUUGUGGCUUAUGGAGACAGGGUGGCAACGGUUGCAUUUUGCAAGGGUUUAAAGAAUACAGAUCACAGGACUGAGAAAACUCUGGAUAGAAUAAGACAGAAAAACCUCCUCUCAAAGAAGUGUUCAAAACUACAAGGCAAUAAGCAUGCAAAAAAGACACAAAGAAGGGUUGAGCUGGGUUUAAAACAGUAUGACUUUUUUACUAAAACUUACAAACAGGUUCGGAGUCAGUGUGGUGGGGGCAUUCGCCAUUUAUCUGUCACCGUGGAUUCGAAGUUAUUAGAAAUUUUACAGUAUGGUAAAGACCUCUUCUUCCCAGAUGGACACAACUGCUUUGGCAGUCUUGAUGAAUUUGAAGUAUCUUUAUAUGAUUUUCAAGGACAUCCUGCAAAGUUAGAUCAAACAUUGGCUGAAUGCUAUGAUGAAUUCAAAUUGAAACUUCUCAGGGUGUAUGUUUAUACAAAGAAGAAAUGUCCAGUCACUGAUGGUGAAAGUACAUGUACUGUAGAACAAACACCUCAAGAUGAUUGUCCUUCAGUUGAUAGUUUAGAGAAACAAGUAACUCCAGAACAUACACAUGUACCUCCGCAAGAAAGCCUGAGUUUAGGAGAAGCUUCACCUGGAAGUUGUUGUGUAAAAAAGGCUGAGGAACAUAUGGUUGAAGCUGGGACUCCAACUGUACUCAUAAAACAAUCAGUUUUACAGGUAAUAAUUAGGGGUGUCUGUUAUUAUAUUUAUUCUAGGUAACUUAAUAACCAGACUAGAUAGACAAAGAGUUUUGCUCUGCUAUUCAUAGCAUGUCUGAUUAGCAACACAACAACAACAACAACAACAGCAAAAAUUCAAGACAAAAUUAAAAAUAAAUUGUGCUGUCCUCAAAUUACAUGUAUAUAAAGAUAUUUGAUUAAUAAAUUAUAUAAGAAUAAUUGUUUAGCUCGCCCGAGCAAAAAGUGCUCAAGAUGAGCUUUUAUGGUCACCUUUU